AUUGGCUGUCAUGUUGGCUGUCGUCAUGUUAUUGUGAAAUAAAAACUUACAUUUUCUAAAACUUAUUAGAAAAUCACAAAAAAUGACGAAAAAGAAGCCAAUGCCGAACCUCUCGAAAGAGGAGAAAAUGGUGAUAGUGAUAUCCGAGAUAAUACAAGAGCUGUUGAUCGCGCACCGUCAAGGCAAAGAUGUUAACCUCAACAAGAUGAAGACGAGAAUCUCUUCGAAAUACGGACUUGGUACCUCGCCGCGCUUGGUGGAUAUCAUAGCUGCGGUGCCUGCUGAUGCUAAAAGUGUCUUACUACCCAAAUUAAAGGCUAAACCCAUACGCACAGCGUCUGGUAUUGCAGUCGUCGCGGUUAUGUGUAAACCACAUCGUUGCCCGCACAUAAACUUUACGGGAAACAUCUGUGUAUAUUGUCCCGGUGGUCCGGAUUCGGAUUUCGAAUAUUCCACUCAAAGUUACACAGGUUAUGAGCCUACUUCUAUGCGGGCUAUACGAGCUCGGUACAAUCCAUAUAUACAGACUCGUCAUAGAGUCGAACAGCUGAAGCAGUUGGGCCAUAGUGUGGAUAAAGUUGAGUUUAUUGUGAUGGGAGGCACUUUUAUGAGUCUACCUGAAGACUACAGAGACUAUUUUAUAAGAAAUCUUCACGAUGCACUAUCAGGUCACACGUCAAGCUGUGUGGCGGAGGCUGUGAAGUUCUCUGAGAGAGCUAAGACCAAGUGUAUUGGCAUCACCAUAGAGACACGGCCUGACUACUGCUUACAGCGGCAUAUGAGUGAUAUGCUCAAUUAUGGAUGCACCAGGCUAGAAAUAGGAGUACAGUCUGUUUAUGAAGAUAUAGCAAGAGACACAAAUAGGGGGCAUACAGUCAAAGCUGUGUGUGAGAACUUCAAUCUUGCGAAGGAUGCUGGAUUUAAGAUUGUAGUCCACAUGAUGCCAGAUCUACCCAAUGUAGAUUUUGAAAGAGAUGUGGAACAGUUUAUAGAAUUUUUUGAGAAUCCAGCAUUCAGAGCUGAUGGAUUAAAAAUCUACCCUACAUUGGUUAUUAGGGGCACAGGCCUGUAUGAACUGUGGAAGACUGGAAGGUAUAGGAGCUAUCCACCAUCAACUCUGGUGGAUUUGAUUGCUAAGAUCUUGGCUUUGGUACCUCCAUGGACUAGGGUUUACAGAGUCCAGCGAGAUAUUCCCAUGCCCCUAGUGUCAUCGGGAGUGGAGCACGGAAACUUGAGGGAGCUGGCGUUGGCACGUAUGGCGGAUUUGGGCACGGACUGCCGGGAUGUGAGGACUAGGGAGGUUGGCAUUCAGGAGAUACACAACAAAGUUAGGCCUUAUGAGGUAGAGUUAAUAAGGCGUGAUUACACAGCAAACGGUGGCUGGGAGACAUUCCUAUCAUACGAAGACCCUGACCAAGAUAUCCUAGUAGGAUUGCUGCGUCUCAGGAAGUGCGCCAAGGAUACAUACCGGCCGGAGUUGAAGCCAGGGCCGGGGGCGACCUUCACACAGUGCAGUAUUGUGAGAGAGUUGCACGUCUAUGGCUCUGUUGUCCCUGUAAACGCUCGAGACCCAACAAAGUUCCAACACCAGGGUUUUGGCAUGCUCCUAAUGGAGGAAGCGGAGCGGAUCGCCCGAGAGGAACACUGCUCUGACAAGAUGGCUGUUAUAUCGGGCGUCGGUACACGGAACUAUUACGCCAAGAUCGGCUACCAUCUCGAGGGCCCGUAUAUGGUUAAGAUGCUUUAAAGAUAAGGGUAUUUUUAAGCGAAAAUGUUUAUAAUAAAAAUUGAUAAAUACGUUAUA